CACCGGAGACACCACCUCGCCUCGACAGCAAUAAACACCGCAGGGUUGUGUGCCCAGGGCUUCUCAAUGCCUCCACCCAGCCCUGUGCCGCGCCGUUUCCACCCCGGAUGCCUGUCGCCCGUUGCGCAUUCUUCAUGCAUGCCAAUCCCUCGCCCCUGCCGCCCGCUCUCGUCGUCGGGCGGGCCGAGUCGAGUCUUUGGCUCUAGGGACAGCAAUGUUCAAUCCGGCAAACAACAAACAAAAGCUGGGCAUUUGUGACAGGCUCCAGAAGAAUGCCUUACGCUACCCAAGGCAAAUAGGCGGCGGAUGCUGUAGCAGUCAGUGGUUGUCCACACGGGCUGCCACUUGUGGGUGUGGCCACGGCACGUCAAAUCCCCCAUGCCUGUCUGUCAGUCCCACGCUGCUAUUUUGCACGCACACACAUGCUCGACACGCAAUCGACGGCUACAGACACUGCACGAAGCCAUGUCAGUGUGGCAAGCUGCACAGCAAAGUUUCCCAAGCCGUUGCAGAGACAGGCCGCACUCGACCAGGAGUCGACACCAAUGACGACAGCUACCAAGAUCGCUGGCGAGGCUAGAGCCACUGUCGCUGACUCGUGCCAAAUGUCGCGCUCCCUCUCUGACACGAAGUCACGUGCGCUGCUUCGCUCGACUUUAACUCAACCUUGGAACCAUGGGACGCUCAAGACCCCACCCACCAUGGAAACCAGACGUCACAUCACAGACAGCAAGCACGUGCGUUUCACACUGAGAGAAUCCAAAAGCCGAUCAUAUUAUGAAUACUGUACAAUCCAUCCCCCUACAUCCGUCCAGUCCACGCUCAUAUCAUGGAUAAUGUACAGAUCAUUUCCCGAUGCCCGUCAACCAUCCAAUCAUUAGCUUCGUGUUUCCACUGCUCCUCCCAAUCCACCACAGAUUGGCCGACAACCGGUGACCUGCACCGGCUCUCUCAAGGUAGCCGCCCUGUACCCGUCAACCCAUCCAGUCGGUUGCUUUAGUGUUUCCAUUCCUUCUCC